GUCUAAAAUACAUUAGAUCUGGAUGAGUGGAGAUGUUUAGACCGGGAUUGCGUCUGCUGGGAUAAACAUCACAAUGUAUCAUGUCUGGUGUUGCCUACUGUGUGUUUGGAUAACCACAAGAGCUUCAACUGCUGUAGGCGCCUAUGCUCGCCUUGGAGAACCUGUGACUGUGACGUGGGCCAUGUCUCCCAUCAAGGAGUUCAAGGUGAUGAAGGAUUACAGGGUACUGUUUCAGAUAACAGGCAGCAAUAAAGUAACAGUUGCUGAUAAGGAACUGAGGACCAGGAUUAAUGGCGACUCAUUGUCCUACACACGUGGAACCUUCAGUUUCCAGCUGUAUAACGUGACCCCCUCUGACGCUGGUCAGUACAGCUGUUACCUGGACCCGACACGUCCGCCGUAUAGAAGAACAAGGAUGCCAAACUGUGGACAAACACUUUAUGUUAUUGGGUUUGAAGACAUCUCUAUCCAAGCCGAAGAAGUGGAAAACAGUGGACCUGUACACCUUACCUGUAUUUGUAGACUACGGAUCUAUCCGGAUAGCGUCCCAACUGUGUCAAUCACAUGGAAAGAAAAUGAUGUCCGUCUGUAUAGUGGGGGGAGGAAUCACAUGGCGUCAUCUGAGACCUGGAGUUACGGGUAUGAUGAGAGACAGAUAAACCACACCAGUACCUUGACCAUUCGUGAUGGUUGGCGGGAGAACGACAGAUACAAGUGUCAGGCUGGAGUGGGGGAGAUACAGUCUGAGUCGAGUGAGGAGAUUGUCCUUAUAAACUGGUCUGAUGAUAACAAGAACUACACUGUGGUGCCUGAAGGAGAGGAUGCCAUGAUGACGUGGAAGAUGCCCUCCCUGGAGAGCGGGGCCUACAUCACGUCUCCCUCUGGUCCACAUUUAAUGCGGAAGCAAUCUGAUAAAUGGAACGUUGGGUAUACCUUCACCUCAAGACUGCAGAUCAAGGGAGUUAGUCAUUCAUCUGAAUUUGUCAUUGCACGUCUGUUGCUAUAUAAUGUCACAGCAGCUGACGCUGGCAAAUACUUUUGUGUCAGCGGAUAUCGCCGUGUACCUCAGUGUGGACAUACCCUGAUUGUCUCACGGAAGCCAGAGAAGACACACAUCACUGCCACCGAACUUACUGUUGUGGGUGAGAACCUAACCUUGUCCUGUUCCACCACGUCCCGGAGUCUUCCCCGGGACCACACUCUGACCAUGUCCUACAUCUGGAGAAGAGACAACGCCAGGCUGCUGAGUGGAGGAAGGCAUCAGGUGUCAGGCUCCACCUUGAAAAUCGCUGAUGUCAGAGAGGGGGAUAGUGGGAACUACUCAUGUCAGGGUACAGAGGAGGGUGGACAGGUGUCAGGUCGGAGCAGCAUCUUUGUCCUCAUUGUGCGACAGCUUUCAGCCGCGAUCUCACCUGCCAUGUACAUUAUCAUCGGCUGUUCAACUGUCGUUAUCAUAGUAGUCGCUCUUGUCGUCGUGGCGUUACUCCUUCGACGGAAGACAAACAGAGCUAGCAGUGAUGUGACGUGGUCAAGAUGGGAUGGAUUGCGCCAUUCAUCAUAUGAAGAUGUUCAGAUGAACAGGACACUUGAAGAUGAAGAACAACACUUCAGCAAUGACCUUUAUGAAGAUGUCCAGUUAGUUGAUGAAACACAACACUUAAACAAUGACGUCGAUGAAGAUAUCCAGUUAGCUGAGGAAACACAACACUUAAACAAUGACGUCGAUGAAGAUAUCCAGUUAGCUGAUGAAACCCAGCACUUACACAAUGACGUUGAUGAAGAUACCCAGUUAGCUGAUGAAACACAACACUUAAACACUGAUCUUUAUGAAGAUAUCCACUUAGCUGAUGAAACCCAGCAGUUAAACAAUGACCUUUAUGAAGAUGUCCAGUUAGCUGAUGGAACCCAACACUUAAACAAUGACGUCGAUGAAGAUAUCCAGUUAGCUGAUGAAACCCAGCACUUAAACAAUGACGUCGAUGAAGAUAUCCAGUUAGCUGAUAAAACCAAGCACUUAAACAAUGACGUUUACGAAGAUGUCAUCGUGCAAGGGGAGUUUGACGGCGAUAAUGUCUAAAAACAUGAACGAAAUGCUUGGUCUCCUCAUUUUGUGGUCUUUCUUUGAACGGAUUAUAUUUUCCUUGAGAUCAGUCAGCAAUGAUGGAAGGGUUUUCCCGAACAUACCUUCCUCAUAGUCACCGUGCGAUAUUUACCAUUUUUGAAAUAUUUAUAGUGGCCAACAGCAACUUGAGUUACGCAGUUUAGAAUAUGUUUUUGCACAUCGCAGAUUUAUGGCUUUUGACAUGUUGCGCAGCUUCCCAAAAACGCCGCCAUUUUCACAAGCCACAUCCUUCUGUAAGUAAUGAUAAUUUUCAAGCUACGAUAUCCUGGAAAUACUUCCGUCACUUUUGUAUCACUGUAAAACAUGUGAUUCUUUCAACCAGAAUAUGACAGUUGUUCCGACUUCAAAUCAUAUGGUAAAUGACACAUCCCUGUCGUGUCUUGGUAUGCGAUCGUAGAGCUUGCUUCGCGACAACAUUGGCGAAACACAGUCUGUCAAUGGAAUGUUGUAAUUACCUAGGACUUGGUAGACUUCGGUAGUGUUACCGAAAGCAUUCCAAAUGUCACAAGCGAGUGUUCACACAAGCGAGUGUCCACACAACUGGUUAUACAUGAGUGACACUUUUUUGCCUUAAUAAAAAAGCGAAUAAACCCUAUCUAUGUGAGUAUUGGCUAUGGUCUGUGAAAUGUUCUGAAUAAAGG